CAACGUUCGUAUCGAAACCAGGUCACCUCUAGCCUUGCUUCAGCUCAAGGGACUGACCACUUGGCACGGAACUGUAAAAUGGGCUAUUGUACGUCAAGUGCAGAUCAGUUAUCUGGAAAUCAGUGGGGACUGGGGAGAAGUGCAUGAUGUUAAAGCAGGAUUAAGCAAGUAGAAUUUAAAUUACAAUUGUUGUGAAUUUAGUUUAUAGCUGGUAGUGUAAGAAUGCCGCUUUCUUUUUCAGAUACCUGCUACCUCUUCCUGAGGUAGCAUCUGCGCCCACUUGGCAUCAGAAUCGUGCCACUCAGAUAGCAAUGCCAGCAGCAACACAACACAAACCAGUUAUUGAUAAAAAAGAGCUUGAACUCCAGGGCUCUCUGUACUCCACCCUUAUGAGGCUUAGAACAGAACUGUCUCACUCACUGGACUGUCCACCUUACAUGAUUGCCACAAACAAGAUUCUACUGGACAUUGCCAAGCACAGACCCACCACUACUGGCAGCCUGUUAAAAGUUGAUGGAGUGUCUGAGAGACAAUGUGAACGAUUUGGAGAGCAACUUGUGAACUGUGUGGCGACUUUCUGCAAGGAAAAUGAGCUCGAUGCAGACAUGUUUAAAGACCAAACUGAUUCGGGGAAUGCCACAGAUACAAAGGUGAUCUUUUCUGUCCUCUGAGUUUGGCUUUCUGUUGUCCCUGGUUGUCUAAUUGGGAUGUUCAGAUUAACAAAUAGAUUCCAUGUUGCCGUGCGUCUGUUGAGUAAUACAUCACAGAAGACGUCAAAAUGUAAGAUGAUCUAUUACUGAACAGACGCACGCCGAUGCAAUUGAACAUGUGAUUAGAGUGGUCGUUCCGUUCAGUUACUCCGUUAAGUCUUCUGGGAUCACGGGACGCGUACAUUUGGUGUUUGCUACAUUUUGAAGUCCUUUGCUAUUAUGUGUGAAGUUAUUUUGCAGUUGUUCCAUUGUCCUAAAAAUAUUGUCUCUAAUCGGCAUCAUGAGAGGUUAAAUGCUUGUAUUGUAAUCAGGCUCUCUUAUUGUCAUGACUGGACUUGCCUGGGAUGUUUGGAAAUCUAUGCCAGCCAGUGACCUUGUCUGUUGUGUUCUUGACAAACUUACGUGACUUUCCAAGCGCCUCUCUCCACACAAAUUUAUAAUGGACAAUGGCAAAUUGAUGGGACAACCCAGACAGAAUGCUGGGAAGUGACCGGGGCGCCUUCCAUAUUAAGCGAAAUACCUAAAAUUUUGUAACAGGGACAAAUGGAAGGGACAUUUCCCAGGAAAGUUUUGUGGAUUUUCCGAAAAGCGAACCAUUCAACCGAAAAUUCCGGAAAUUUCGGGAAGAAAGUCAAAUGGAACGGAAAUUCCCGGUAAGGAAUUUUCGAAAAUUUCGGUUGUUGUCCUCUUAUCCGGAAAUUCCGAAAAAUGCUGUUCCUUU